AGUAGUAGUAGUAGUAGUAGUAGUAGUAAUAGUAGUAGUAGCAGUAGUAUCAAUAGUAGUAGUAGUAGUAGUAGUAGCAGCAGUAGUAGUAGUAGUAGUAGUAGUAGUAACAGUAGCAGCAGCAACAAUAGCAGCUGGAGCUGGAGGAGUUGUAGUAGUAGUGGUAGUGGCAGUGGUAGUGGUAUUAGUGGUAGUAGUGGUAGUAGUAGGAGUAGUAGUAGUGGUGGUAGCAGCAGUAGCAGUAGCAGUAGUAGUAGCAGUAGUAGUAGCAUUAGCAGUAGUAGUAGCAGUAGUAUUAGUAGUAGUAGUAGUAGCAGCAGCAGUAGCAGUAGUAGUAGCAGCAGUAGUAGUACUAGUAGUAGUAGUAGCAAUAGUAGCAGUAGAAGUAGCAGCAGUUGCAGUAGUAGUAGCAGUAGUAGAAGUAUUAGCCGUAGCAGAAGCAACAGUAGUAUUAGUAGUAGCAGUAGUAGCAGUAGUAUCGGUAAUAAUAGUAAUAGUAGCAGUAGUAGCAGUUGUAGUAGUAGUAGUAGCAGUAGUAGGAGGAGUAGUAGUAGUAGGAGUAGUAGUAGUAGUAGUAGCAAUAGUAGUAGUAGUAGUAGCAGUAGUUGUAGUAGUAGCACUAGUAGCAGUAGUAGUAGUAGCAGUAGUAGUAGUAGUAGUUGUAGUCGUAGUAGUAGCAGUAGUAGUAGUAGUAGCAGUAGUAGCAGG